AUGCACCUAGAUUUCUUCAGACCUGUGGAGGUAGACGAGAGGAAGCUGGUGAGCUUCGCGCAGACGGUGAUCUUCUCGUGGGUGUUGGUGGAGACGUACCAGUCGUACCGCACGUCGCUGGGCUCGGAGUCGUUCCCGUCGAACGCGUCGAUGGUCGAGUCGUCCUCGUACACCUUCAACAAGCGCCGCUGCCCCGUCGGCUUCCAGACCCUCCCGCUGCGGCCCUCCAACGCCUCCGCCCCCGACUACGAGGAGGACGACCCCGAGGCCAACGUCACCGACAGCGUGGUCGUGGCGUUCGUCGAGGCGGCCGGCGGCGGGACGACCGCGCUCCCCGCCGAGGUGGAGCUGCUGGUGGACGAAGGAGGCGACGACGGGGCCGUCUCCAUCGCCGGGGACGCGGCUGGCGGCGGCGGCGACGGCGGCGGCGGCGAAGGGGAGGACACGGGCGCCCUCACCUCCCUCGCGCCGCCGCCUCUGGUCGUCAACGCGUCGGCGGUCAAGGCCAACCUGACGAGGCUGCGGAGGGCGAGGAGCGAGUGCGCCGCGCCAGGCCAGGGCGUGCUGUGGGCGCUGGUGGUGGCUUCUGGCAUCUACAUGGUCGUGGGCGGCAUUCUCAUCGUGGCGAUCCUAUGGGGUGCUGCAGGAGGAACGCGUGGAAAAGGCGGGUCCAUCUCGGAGACGCUCUAGCUUAGUGAUCGUCCGCUCGUCGCCUGAGUCACCUACCUCUCAGGACUACAUACCACCUACCACCUACAUGGUCCCGGCGACGAACCAGAACAACCUGGCCCCCCCGCCGCCUAAUUUCAACCCGGUUCCGAGAAACCAGAGCGCGCAGCCCCAGCCUACCGGUCGACAGCAGGCCUACCUUACUGACAGGAGUCGGGACUACCACUGUCAUAAUAAUUUGUAGUCUACGAGAGGACUGGGGUGAGCUGGAGGAAUGGGAGGAAUUGGAAGAAGGAGGAAAAGGAAAAGGAAAGAAAAAAAAGAGAUGAAGAAAAUGGAAUGUGUGAUUUCUUUCUUUUUUUUUCAAGGUGAUGAGAUCGCAAGAAAAUCCUUUUUUUUCGUGUGUUUUUUUUUCUAAUUUUCUCUUCCUCUAUUUCUUCUUCUUUUUGGCUUUUUUUUUAAUCUUCUUCGCAUGUCUCAUUCUCUCCACCAUCUCCUUCUUCCCUCUUUCAUAUCAUUUUCGUUUAUGCCCUUAACCCCCAGCGACUUCCUCCAACACGUGAAACGAAACAAGUGACAAACGGCUGAGAAGUCAAUCAGCUGAUCCUUUGAACCAAACACAAAAUAAAAGAGAUGAAUCAACAGCGAAAUAAACAAAACAGUUUCAAAAUAUGCAUGAUUUUCUUUAAAAAACAAAAUCUUUCUCUCCAAAUAUAUGAGAAAGAGAGAAAGACAGAUCACAGUCUUUAUUCCUUCUCUGUGAAAAUAGUCUGUCGCAGCAAAUACCUUUUGGCGAUGAACCUUAUAUUUAAUAAUACAGACACUUUUCCUUCAUUAUCAAAAGAUGAAGAAAAAAAAGACUGGAAAAAAAGACUUUGCAAAAACAAAUACUGACAAUAAGUGUUUUGAAUUUCGCCUUUUUUUAUAUACCUGACAAUUCACGCCUUGUGCCUCGAAAAAAA